CUACGCCAUUUUUUAUUUUGUUCGGCUGGAGUAUUUAGUAUCGGAUUAUACGUAUAUGAUGCCGAUGUAUCGCUGAGGAUAUUGUUGUUUAUUUUCGACCAUUGAAGAUAAUUGCCGGCUUAUUACUUUCUGUAUCAAUUAGUGAUUAAAAUGACAAAAGACGAAAAUUUGGAGAAAAAGUCAGUGGAGCACAAUGACAGCGAUAACAAAGCAGUAUCCGACUCGGGGCCCGAUCCCUCGGCUCCCAUUACAAGAAAAGGGGUAUUGACGUCUUUUCUAACUGGCAAGCCAAUGGAAAUUCCCGAACAAGACAUUCUUGGUAAAUGUAGAUUUGUUUCCGAGUUUGAGAAAUUGAAUCGUAUCGGAGAGGGUACUUACGGAAUUGUAUAUCGGGCUAGAGAUACGAAGAAUGAUAAGGUCGUUGCCUUGAAGAAAGUGAGAAUGGAGCACGAGAAGGAUGGAUUGCCAGUGAGUGGUCUCAGGGAGAUAUCAGUUUUACUAUCGUGCCGACACGAGAACAUCGUGCAUCUGAGAGAAGUGGUGGUCGGCAGGAGCCUGGAGAGCAUAUUCCUUGCAAUGGAAUAUUGCGAACAGGAUCUGGCAAGCCUGUUGGACAAUAUGCAAGCACCGUUCUCGGAGAGUCAAGUCAAGUGUAUAGUGCUGCAAGUAUUGAAGGGCCUGCGCUACCUGCAUCAUAACUUUAUCGUCCAUAGGGACUUGAAGGUCUCUAAUCUUCUCAUGACUGAUAAAGGUUGCGUAAAGAUUGCCGAUUUUGGAUUGGCGAGAUGGUUCGGCCUGCCGUUGAGACCAAUGACUCCGAGAGUGGUGACGUUAUGGUACAGAGCACCGGAAUUACUUUUGCAGGCUAAAACGCAAACCACUUCGAUCGAUAUGUGGGCAGCAGGAUGCAUAUUAGGAGAAUUGUUGGGACACAGACCUCUGUUACCUGGAAGAUCGGAGAUUGCACAGUUGGAAUUGAUUGUCGACCUACUGGGCACUCCCAGCGAAGCUAUUUGGCCAGAAUUCAAUUCCUUACCAGCGUUACAAAAUUUUACGCUUAAACAGCAACCGUACAACAAUUUGAAACAAAGAUUCCCUUGGUUGAGCGCCGCUGGUCUCAGACUGCUGAACUUUUUAUUCAUGUACGAUCCCAAGAAAAGGGCAACCGCUGAAGAAUGUUUGCAGAGCAGUUACUUUAAAGAAGCCCCGCUACCGUGCGAUCCGAAGCUCAUGCCCACUUUUCCGCAGCAUAGAAACAUGAAGAAGACAGCUUCGCAGAAGGAAAGUCGCGAGCAAGAGCCAACCGUUACCGAUCAGACCAACAAUCUGCCGGCGAUUUCAGAUCUCCUUGGAUCACUGGUUAAAAAGAGACGCGUGGAAUAAGGAGAAGCUUGCAAUUUCAAGAAAGAAUUGAUCCUCACACUGAAAUAUUCCGUUUCACGAUAAUGAUAUGUGUAUAUUUAUUGUCAAAACACUGAAUACACUUUUAAUGAUAUAAAACGAUUUUAAUGA